AAAGCCCCAGCAAUCGGGCAUGCUUUGUUUCCACAGUGGAAUGUAACGGUUUGACAUGUUAGAUUAGAGAUCGCGGACUGAACACGGUUUACCAGUGUAAAUUCAUUUGAAGGUGGUAGAGAUUGAUGAUAGAUAUGCGGUUGUGUUAGUGUGUGUGAGGAUUAGCAGGUUGUAAUUUUAAGUGUUAUAAAGUGUAAUUGUAUUUAGCUGUUAGAGAGGGUCGGAUUUAAUAAUAAUAGUGUGUAGUGUAGUAGCUCAGUUUAGUGGGGAAGGGUUUAUAAAUAAUACUGCUUUACAAAUAGAGGAAGUGUAGUCAUUAGGAUGAGUGCUGCUGUGUUUUUCGGCUGUGCUUUUAUAGCAUUCGGUCCUGCUUUCUCUUUAUUUAUCUUCACUAUUGCUAAAGACCCACUGAGAGUCAUUAUUCUGAUCGCAGGAGCUUUUUUCUGGCUCUUGUCACUUCUGCUGUCCUCUCUGAUAUGGUUCAUUGCUGUGAAGGCCAGCAACACAGAUGAUGGUAAGGUACAGAAGGGCCUGCUCAUAUUCGGAGUCAUUUUUUCUGUUCUUCUUCAGGAAGUGUUCCGAUUUGCUUACUACAGGCUGCUAAGGAAAGCUAAUGAGGGCUUAGCAGCCAUCAGUGAUGAUGAUGCCUCUCCUGUAUCAGUUCGGCAAAUGGCUUAUGUGGCAGGGCUUGGCUUCGGGAUAAUAAGUGGUGCUUUCUCCAUGAUCAACAUCCUGUCUGACUCUUUGGGACCAGGCACUGUGGGGCUCAACGGAGGCUCACAGUACUAUUUUAUCACCUCAGCUUUCAUGACUCUUGCCCUGACGUUGCUGCACACGUUUUGGGGUGUGGUGUUCUUUGAUGGCUGUGAGAAGAGUCGCUGGUGGGUGAUCGUGGUGGUGGUGUGUCUCCAUCUGCUGGUGUCUGGCCUGUCUCUGUUGAACCCACUGUACGAGGGCACUCUGCCUCCUGUGUAUGCCGUCACUGCUCUGAUGGCAAUUUGGGCAUUCUUCUCUUCAGGAGGGUCCCUGCACAACCUCUCCCUACUCAGCACCCGUAAGACAACCACAGUGGAGUCUUCGUGAAGCGGUCGAGUCCUGGCUUUUCAGUAAGACACUAGACAGUUGAUGGGAAGGCUGUAUCUGCUGCACGGAGAAACUAAAGCAGCACAAAGAAGAACAGUAGCUUCAGCCAUCUCUGCUGUAGAAGACCCUGGACUUAAACUUGAACCACCAACAACAGGGUUGCCUAACAGGUUCUAGGCCUAUCUGAUUAUGCUCAGUGUAAAUAGUCUUGAUGUACUUUGACGCACAUAGGAAUCCAUUCUUUUUAUGAAUUUCUUAGAUCGCAAGAAAAGCUAGAAAAGCUUCGAGUGCUUUGCUUCAGCUCCUAAAUAAUUUCAAAGUACAUUUACAUUUAUUAUUUUAAAUUAGUGUUUUACAUUUAGCAGUAUUCUUUGUGCUGAAUCACUAAUCUCUUCAGUUAGUAUUAUUUUCUGUGGUGAAUUGCUAAGCAUUAGAUGGGUACUUUUUAAUCAGAUGUGUGAGAUGACAUGGGGCCAGGCUGUUCUUGCUUUCUCAUUUUUUUAAGGACAGACCAGUUUAAGACUUUACUGUUGUCUGUUUGCCAUUUCCAUUUUUUUAUAUAUAUAAAAAAAGAUCCUUUUUCAUUUGACUUUAAAUAAACACUGAUCUGAACUGUUAA